AUGGCUUGGUUUGAUAGUUGGACUGAGGAAAUGUACACAUUAAUCAUGUGGGUGACAGUGGGCACUGUGUGUCAACACAGCUUCAAGGCAAACUUAUAUGUAUUGCAAAUAACUAGACAGAAGGCAUCUGGGACCAAGCAUGCCAUGUUGUCCCCAGACAAGCCCAAAAAGAGGGCAAGGGUAUCCACUGCAAAAGAACUACCUAGCUUGCAUACUGCCCACCAAAUUAAAGAAGCUGGCAAAGAAACUCACCUUUGGGCAGCCAAGACAAGAGUGGCAUACUCAGGACACAUCCACCAAGCAUGCUCAUGGCUGCAGAGCCAUUUUCCAGAGGAGGGGAUGCCACCAACUUUGAAUCACACUGGAGAGGACUCUGAAAUCUACAGUGAUCCAAAUUUUAAGAAUGCAUUUGAGCAUGUGUCAAAUAGGUGCUCAGAUAAAGCAUUAGCCCUUUACCUUUCAUUGAGAGGGUUCCAAGAAAAUAGCAGCCAAAGCACCAUUGACAGUGUUCAAGUGGGAUUCAAGAUGUUGUGGGACAAAACUAAUACCUUUGGCAUAGUGAUGGUGCAACAUUCUGUGGGAAGUGGCAUCACAAUGAUGUCCAUCACUGAUGGGAAGGCAACCUGGUCCUGUGAGUCCUUGAACAGGAAAGUGAAGUUAACAGUCACACAGCACCUCGAACACCUUGCCUUUAGUGCUGUUGUGUUUAUGCUUUGGAUGGGGAACUACAAGCUGAAACUAAAGUGUGGGGAUGUCAAGCUUGACAAGACUGUUGUAGAUGGCAUGUUCAUGAAAUACCUUUGA